UUGCACCUUUAAGAUAACCCAACCGAGUACAAGGCAUUGUCAUAAACCAAGAAGAACAUUUUGGAAACAUGGCCGAAGGGAAAAUCAAUAGCAGAGAUGAGAGAUGGAGUCUUAAGGGAAAGACCGCUCUUGUGACGGGUGGAACCAAAGGCAUAGGACAUGCAAUAGUAGAAGAACUAGCAGGGUUUGGGGCCAUAGUUCACACAUGUUCCCGCAACCAAACUGAAUUAGACCAGCGUUUGGAUGAAUGGAAAACUAAAGGUUUCAAAGUAACUGGGUCAGUCUGUGAUGUCUCACACACAGACCAAAGAGAAAAGCUUAUUGAAACAGUAAUAUCUCUGUUUCAAGGGAAGCUCAACAUUCUUGUAAAUAAUGUUGGGACAACAAUUCCAAAGAGUGCUACAGAAUUCACAGCCGAAGAUGUGUCAAAAUUGAUGGCUACAAAUUUUGAGUCGGCUUACCAUCUCUCCCAACUUGCACACCCUUUGCUGAAAGCCUCCGGAAAUGGAAGCAUUGUUUUCAAUUCUUCCCUUGCUAGUGUCAUGGCUUUUCCGUAUUCUGCCCUCUACGGAUCAACAAAAGGAGCGAUCAAUCAACUUACAAGGAACUUAGCGUGUGAGUGGGCAAAAGACAAUAUUCGUGCUAACACAGUUGCUCCUUGGGUUAUCAAGACCCCGUUGACAGAAAGUUCUUAUGCGGACGAUCCUAAAUUAAGGCAUGAAGCUGCUUCAUUUUUUCAAUUAAUUGCUCGAACUCCAAUUAGCCGCCUUGGAGAGCCUAAUGAAGUCUCAUCAGUGAUAGCGUUUCUUUGUCUUCCUGCUGCUUCAUAUAUCACUGUCAUGUUGAUGAUUUGGAAUGAUACAUCGAGAAGGAUAACGAAUCAUGAUGACAAACCUAGUUUGGCCACAGUAUUUCUUUUUGGUUGUCCGGGAAACUAUACUCAGACAAAUACGUAACGAAUAUUAUCAAGUCGGUACCUCUUAUUUAGA